UGACUCUUCACUGCUGCCCCGCGACGUUCUUUUGGGCUCACCACUACUACAGCUAUACAACAGAGCAGCGUCCGCUUUUGGCAUGUUGCGAAGCCAUCUGAGAGCUCUUAUAGCAUUUUAGCAUCUCUUGACGUGAGAGCAACGCUCCGAUCGGCGCCCACUCCAGACACAUCUCGGGUCUUGCGAGGGCUCUGCACCUCAUCCUCCUGCUCAUGGGCCCCCACGCCACCUCGGCGCCCUCGACGGGCCUCCAGGCCCUCAUUCUCUGCGGGCCUGGCUCAUCGUUUCCGACAUUUACGUCGAACCCGGACGAGAACCCCAAGGCGUUGCUGCCAAUCGCCAACCGUCCUAUGGUGUGGUAUCCCAUUGACUUCUGCUUGAGAACUGGCAUCACCGGUAUGUGUCGCGGGGGCACCUUGCCCCCCUCUCCCCCACCACCCAUGGACAGCCUCUGUGUCAUACGAAGAGCACAGAGAGCAACCUGUAGUUCUACAUCCUCAGUCGCUGACAAUGGCCAGACAUCACAUUGAUAUGUCCUCCCUCUGCUUCCCAAGCUCUCACCGCAGCCAUGAACACAAACCCGUACCUCACUGGGCUGCCUCUUCCGCGGCCAGAUAUUCUUGCUCCCGCAGACUUGGACCAGAACACUGGAACCGCCGAGAUCUUACGCCUUCCCGAAGUUCGCGAGCUCAUCCAGUCCGACUUUGUCAUUCUGCCGUGCGACCUGAUCUGUGAGCUGGCAGGAGAGAAGCUGCUUCAAGCAUGGAUGGUCAAGUCGGCCAGCCCGACAGAUCUUCUGAGCGAUAGCAAUUUGACGAAUGGCCACCUGGCCCGUCAUAAUGGCGGGUUGACCGUGUGGUACAAUACGAAAUCUACGGUCACGGUCAAGGGAGAGGAAACAGACUUUGUUGCGACGACGCCUCUGCCACCAUCACCGAUCGCAUCGCCGCGAGGAUCAGUCUUUCAGCACAUGUCCAAGUUGGUGUACUCGAUCCCGACGGACUCACUCAACGACAUCACCGAAGAGCGGAAGUCCCUGCCACUCAGGCACGCGCUCUUGCGGGCCAACCCCCGUGCGCGGAUGCACACGACCAAGCGGGACGCCCAUAUAUACGUCUUUCCCCGAUGGGUUCUUGAUUUCGUCAAGGAGAAUGACCGUCUCGAGAGCAUUGGCGAGGACGUUGUAGGCUGGUGGGCAAAGGCGCAAUGGCAGGAGGGCCUCGCCGAGAAGCUGCAUUUUGAUUCGUUUUGCGGCACGAGUGGCGCUGCUGAUGACGACAAUGAGUCAACGCCUGAAAGCAUAUCAUUGUCUAAGGAGUCAAGCACUGCUGGUCAAUCCUCGUCAGGGACUCCGUCACAGCGGCAAAUACAGGGCAUUGACAGUCUUCAGCUGCAGGGGAAGGGCGAUGCGCCGCUCCGUGGCUGUGAGGUACCACCAAUCCUCGCUUACAUACCCGGCAUCCACGGCCAGGACGCAGCUCCUCUCAUUCGGCGAGUCGAUACGGCGCAAUUGCUUUUGGCCAUCUCUCUGCAGCUGGCGAAGCUCCCCUCGAUCGAAGAGGCCGGGCCGGAUGCCGCGUCACCGUUCGCACAUCCCAAGAAAGUCGCGUAUCCGGAAGGUGUUAAGCCCCGAACCACCAUCACGAAGCAGGACAGCCUGAUUGGCGAGAAUGUAACGGUGGAGGAGAAGACGUCGAUAAAGGAGACGGUUGUCGGCGCGGGCUGCCAGAUCAAGGAAGGCGCCAAGCUGUCGCAGUGCCUGCUCAUGGAUGGCGUCGUUGUCGGCAAGGGCUGCAAGCUCACCAAGUGUAUCCUCGGCAAGCGGUGCGUCAUUGGGGACGGGUCGGUACUGACGGAUUGCGAGGUGCAAGAGAAUCUCCUCGUGGAGGCGAGAACCGAGGACAAGGACAACAAGCUGAUGAGCUCCGAGGGUCUGGAGGCUACCGAGGCGGAAAUGGAGGAGGUCCUUCAGGAGGUGGACGAAGAGGUGGCCGCCGUUGCGGACGCGGCCAUGGUCGACUAGCGGCUACAGUAGCGCAACAAGACAACCGCUGCCGUUGAGGCUAAUGGCGACUUCGGCCCAUUAUCGUCGAAGCACCGCGCGUCGAUACCACUGACUCCGUGCCCGACGACAAGGACUGCUGCUGACUCGGUCGAUGGCUGCAUGCCAUGGCGGGUGUUGUUGCCACACCACAGCCGACGGUGCGCGGCCGGUCCCCAUAACAGACAGUGUUGACGGGGACGCCGUCGGCGUGUUCGGGUGUGCCGGACGCGAGUCCCUGCGAGGAACAGACGCUUGAAGCCAUCACCGCUCUCGUCUUGUUUGGCCCAAGAUGCGGGUGUGCGUGGAUUUGCCGGCUGCAGCGGGAGGGACCCAAGACAGACCAGGGCUCACUUGGCCGCAUAGUAGUACUAUAUCCAUGUCAUGGCACAGGGCGGAGCCUCGUCACACGGUCCCAGGCCGGCGGUUACGAUGCGGACGGUGUGACCUUGGGAUCAGCACGUUUAGAGUUCGCAGCUACAGCUGGAAAUUCAGAUGGCGCUGUCCAUUGCUACUACCUUGUACGCAGCACGUACGUCGGAGUGCAGCAGCGAGUGAGUGCGUGCGUGCGUGCGUGCGUGCGUGAGUGAGCU